CGAAGAGAAGAAAGUAGGUCACAGACCGAUGCCAUUUAUGUCACACAUUUUUCUAGUAACGCAAGCCUUCGUCAUCGAGAAGUGAAAUCAGUCUGAUAUGCCCUAAUAUCAGAGGUCGUCGACGCAGACCUGUUUAGUGUAUGGAAGGGCAAGUUUUACAAACCGUCAUCUGAAUGAAUCUUUGCGAUCUAAUGGCAGACCAAAGAAUGGACAUUUCCUCAACAAUGAAUGAGUUCAUGUCCCCCAGCUCCACUGAUCUAAUCAGCAGCUCUAUAAGCACUCCCGGCCUGGACUACAACCGCAAGAGGAAGGGGAGCACCACCGAUUACCAGAUCGAUGGCUUCUCAUUUGAGGAUAGCAUGGACACAGACAAGGAUAAACAGCUUGGGAGGGACUGUCCGGAUCAGCAAGGAAGGAUUAAAAAUGCCAAGGAGGCUCACAGUCAGAUUGAGAAGCGGCGGCGGGACAAGAUGAACAGCUUCAUCGACGAGCUGGCCUCUCUGGUGCCCACCUGCAACGCCAUGUCCCGCAAGCUGGACAAGCUGACCGUGCUGCGCAUGGCUGUCCAACACAUGAAGACGCUCAGAGGGGCCGCCAACCCGUACACUGAGGCGAACUACAAACCGGCAUUUCUUUCAGACGAUGAACUCAAGCACUUAAUACUGAGGGCCGCAGAUGGCUUCCUUUUUGUCGUCGGUUGUGAUCGUGGAAAGAUCCUCUUCGUCUCAGAGAGUGUCUAUAAAAUCCUCAAUUACAGUCAGAAUGACCUGAUAGGCCAGAGUCUGUUUGACUACCUGCACCCUAAAGACAUCGCCAAGGUCAAAGAGCAGCUCUCGUCAUCCGACACAGCGCCUCGCGAGAGGCUCAUCGAUGCUAAAACUGGGCUCCCGGUGAAGACAGACAUCACUCCAGGCCCCUCCAGGCUCUGCUCAGGGGCCCGACGCUCCUUCUUCUGUCGCAUGAAGUGCAACCGGCCCUCCGUCAAGAUGGAGGAAAAGGACUUCUCCUCCACCUGCUCCAAAAAGAAAGCGGACCGCAAGAGCUUCUGCACCAUCCACAGCACGGGCUACCUGAAGAGCUGGCCGCCCACCAAGAUGGGGCUGGACGACGACAACGAGCCCGACAACGAGGGCUGCAACCUCAGCUGCCUGGUGGCCAUCGGACGCCUGCACCCGCACAUUGUGCCGCAGCCCAUGAACGGCGACAUCCGCGUCAAGCCCACCGAGUACGUCUCGCGCCACGCCAUCGAUGGCAAGUUCGUCUUCGUCGACCAGAGGGCCACGGCUAUCCUUGCGUAUUUACCUCAAGAGCUUCUAGGUACUUCAUUCUACGAGUAUUUCCACCAGGACGACAUCGGGCACCUGGCUGAAUGUCACAGACAAGUGCUACAGAUGCGGGAGAAGAUCAACACAAACUGUUACAAGUUCAAAAUCAAGGACGGCUCCUUUAUCACCCUGCGGAGCCGCUGGUUCAGCUUCAUGAACCCCUGGACUAAAGAGGUGGAGUACAUCGUCUCCACCAACACCGUCGUCUCGGGGAGUGUGCUGGAUGCAGGAGACCCCAACUACCCCCAGCCAGCCUCCUCGCCCCAGAGUAUGAACAGCUGCCUCACGUCAGAAGGAGGAGACGGUGGAGGGAAGCGCGCUCUUCAGACGGUGCCCGGCAUCCCUGGUGGCACACGGGCCGGGGCUGGCAAGAUCGGCCGCAUGAUCGCAGAAGAGGUCAUGGAGAUCCAGAGAAUUCGCGGCUCGUCUCCCUCCAGCUGUGGCUCCAGUCCCCUGAACAUCACCAGCACGCCUCCCCCAGACACCUGCUCGCCCGGAGGGAAGAAGAUUCAGAACGGCGGCGGGACUCCAGACGUUCCAACCCCAGGCAUUGUGUCCGGCUCUGACUCGAUAGGAUACCCCUACUCCAACAACUCCAUCAUGAGUGACAACUCUCACCUGAGUAUCGACAUCAUGGAUGAGCCAGGCUCCAGCAGUCCCAGUAACGACGAGGCAGCCAUGGCCGUCAUCAUGAGCCUACUGGAGGCCGACGCAGGCCUGGGGGGCCCCGUGGACUUCAGUGACCUGCCCUGGCCCUUGUGAGAGGAGAGAGGGCUGGGUGGGGGCUGGAGGGAGGGGGAG